AUGUGGGUGCCUACUACCUGUUCUCUGUGGGUUACUUCGGCAAGGCUCUUUUUGAGGAUGAUGCGCGGCCUGCGCAUGAGCUGCCUGACGCUGUGGGAGCGAGGGCGGACAAACAAAGAUCACGUCGGCAUCCUGCCAGACGGCCUUUGCAUUCCUACUGCUUGGCUCUCUGGAUGUCGGCUUUUGCAUGGUCUGCUCACAGGGUUGGUGAUUGCAGACGGAGGUGGAAUCGAAGGGUCCGGUGGCGCUCCAGGCACCGUUUCCGUGCUUUUGUGCCCCAGCUUCUCUCUUCACAAGUGGUGGCACUAUUUCCUCGGGAUGGUCAACGGGAUCCUGGCGAUGACUGUCGUGAUGCGCUUCUUCAUGGGGCAAGGCGUGGGUUUGCUAUGCCCAAAGAAGACCAUCGUAAUGCCGUGGAUGAACUUCGUGGUGGUGGUGGAGGCCCGGAUGGCUGCAGAUGAAGGCCAGCAGCGUGCAUGGGUCAAGCGGUUUGCCUUGACCCGUGCUCAGGAGAGUCGUGCGGCGCGCCCUGCGCCAUCUUCUAAGGGUGUUAGCGCUUCAGCCGUCCACCCUUCCAUAGCAGUUGAUGAGCAGCAGCGAGAGUGGACAGCGGUUUGGGGCCAGGAAUCUGGACGUGGCACAGGCGAGGACUUCCAAAGUUUUCUUCGCAACGUCCCAAACAACGUUAAUGAGGCUGUUGCCUUCUCAGCAAAGGGCUCUGACCUGCUGCAAGCCAUGCAGGCUAUGACGCGCAAGGCCCCUGGCCCUGAUGACUGGCGCGCCAAAGAUCUUUUGAGAAUGGGACCGAUUUGGUGGUCAUGCCUUGAAGAUUUGUGGGCCCAUGUGAUUUCUUCCGGAUGCAUUCCCCGCCGAUGGGUUGAGGCCAAGAUAGUGCUCAUUCCCAAAGACGCAGGGGGCUGGCGGCCACUUGCUUUGACAUCGGUAUUGUGGCGCGCUGGCUCGCGAGCGCUUUUGCAGACCCUGAAGCCGUGGUUGAGCAGUUGGGCGGGCGAUCACCUGUUUGGCGGUUUGGCUGGUAGAGGCGUCGAAGAUUGCCUCAUCCGCAUCAACCAUGCGGUCGCGCAGCGAGCUAAGCAUGGCGUGUUUGUGCGCCAGGAUAUCCAUCGUUUUUUUGAUGCGAUCCAGGUGCAGCAGGCAAUAGCGGUCCUCUCGCACUUGAAGGCCCCUCCUGCGCUCGUUCGCCUUAUUGACCAGUUUUAUUUGCGUGGAUCCCGGGUCUUUACUUCGGGCGCCUAUCAUGGCUCACAAUGGUGCAAAGCAGGGCGGGGCAUUUUGCAAGGAUGCCCUCUUUCGCCUAUGAUCGCGGCAGCGGUGAUGUUGCCGUGGACUUGCGCAGUCCAGCAGCCCGGCCUCGGCUGUGCCGUUUUCGUUGACGAUCGGGUUUUGUGGGCCCAGAAUGUUUCCCAAGCCCCCCUUUUGCAGCUGGCAAUGCGGAAAUCGGAGGAAUUUGACAGUGUGUUUGGGCUUAGGUGCCGACCCGAGAAGUGCGGGAUUGCAGCUUUGAGCUCGGAUGUUGCCCAAAAUUUUGGGCUAAGCAACCUCCCUUACGCCUUCGACCACAAACUCACCUUUCUUGGGUUACAGUUUGACCUUCAUGAACCGAUGGCCACACAGCUGGUGAAGUUUGACAUGCAGCUCGUGCUUUUCCGCAUAACUGCCAUUGCCCGCGUGGCUGCUUCAUGGAAGGCCCGCUUACGCUUGCUGCGAUGCCUCGUGAACCCAACCUUCACUUGGGCUGCUGGCUUGGCAGCAUUGACACCGGAUGUUUUGAAGAGUAUACGCAGUGCAGUUGUGAGUUCCUUUGGCGCCACUUUGCCGCCAGACGUGCCUUGGGGCAUCCUUUUUGAGCUCCUUGGGUGGGAAGUCGAGCCUCUCUUCGCCUCAGCUGCAGCCCAUUUCCGAGCUGCAGUUAGGCACCGCAGCUCGUUGAAACAGUGCUGGGAAGAUGCACCUCUUGACUUUGUCUUUGGAAAGUGGUUUCAGCAACUCCCUUGCGCUGCGGCCGCAGCCAAUGACCUUGGAUGGUGGGCAUCGCCUGAUGGAGCUCUCCUUCAUAGGCGGGAUCAGCAUGGGCAGCAGCGCACCUUCGAGCUUGGGGUUGACAACUUUGCUUGUGUUCUUCGGUGGCUUAAAGAAAGGAGCCGGCGCGACUCUUUGAAGGCGUCGGCCAGGGUGUUUCGUGGCUUUCGACGCCAGGCAAAUGCAGAUCAGCCACUGGCUCAAGGUUUGACACUGCCUCCUCCUGCUCCCGGAGUUCCUUGUUACCAAGGCCACAGACAGUGUUUCAAGCAGGCGACGGACAAAAGGGAUUUGUUCCUUGCGUGCUUGGCUACGGGAUGCAGCUGGUGGCACUUCCAUCCCGGUUUUCGGAGGCAACCCCAUGGUGACGCAGCCCGUCAGUGCGCAUGUGGCAAGCACACGCCUUCUCGGCCCCACUUGGUGUGGACAUGUCCGGCGACUGCUUCAGCAAGAGAAGGAGUUCCUCUCCCCAGUAACCGAGCAGAGGAGCGUCUCUUUACCAAGGUCCUCCCUGAACAACCUGCUGCGCCAAGGGACCCCCGUCCUCUGGCCUUUGAGCAGCUUGUCCAUGCCUUUCGCACAAGACUUGAGGAACAGCCUUCCCACUUCUUCGUUGCCACAGAUGGUUCCGAGAUUGAUGAGGUCGCUGCUUUUGCCAUUGCGACCCCGGGAUGCCCAACUUUUGUUUCAGCUGUCACUGGUGAAGAUCAGACCGCUUACCGGGCUGAGGUUGAAGCUGGCGUCCUCGCCCUUCAGGCUGCUGCUGACGCUGCUCGACUAUGUGCAGGAGCCGCUUCACGUGUCUCUUUUGUGUUUGUCCUCGACUGCCAAGCUGCCAUCAAAACUUUGAAAGGUGGUGGUUCUUGCAAGCUACUGGCGCGACGCGCCUUUGAUGCUUUCCAACGGCUUUGUGCUCUGACCCUGUCGGUCGAGCUCUUUUGGGUCCCAUCGCACGGCAAGGUUAGCGGUGAAUGGGCGCCGCACCCGGUCGCCUCGGAGGCCAUGCUUCGUGGACUCAAUGAGGACGCCGAUGAGGCGGCGCGCUGGAAGGCGCGAUUGCUACUCCGUGGGUCUGCUCGUCAGGAGUGGGCGCGAGCUAAGCUUGCUGCCACGCAAUGGGAGGUCAAGGCCGUCAACGCGGUUGCCGGAGCCGCUUCUAUCGCUCGGGGGUGGUGGGCGUCUGACGCCUGA